GACUCACUUAAUUCUGCGAAGGUUAUGUUUCGUUACGUCUUGUUGAUUUUUGGAACUUUGGUCCGUGGCUGUACUUUUCUUGACAUAGUCGUUCACACUUUAGUCUAAAUCUCUUCUUUUAACAUAGACUUUUACAAGCAACAGUGAAGAAAAGACACCAAAGUCAAAUAACAUUUAAUCAACCAAUAAAACGGCUAGGCAUUAUACAUGGAUGUUGUUUUUAAUCUUCGUUGCAAGUUUCACCUAGAUGUUCUAAUAUCAACAAUAAAAUGACUAAUCGCCCUAGGAACUGCUAUUCAUACACUAGAGUGGAAAGGUUAUUCACAACUAUCAUCAUUAGGCUAGAUUCAUCAUAAAGUCAAUCAUACCUCCGAAUUAGUACAUCAUAUAAGUCGAACUCAUACAAAUUCUAUUGAAGGAUUCUAAAAAACUUAUUAUAAUAGUAAAUGGUUCUCGAUAUGAUGCGAUAUACGGCCACUUGUAUUUUUGGUAUCGAAAUCGGUUUGUGUGUCAACAGGCUCCUAUGAGAUACUGGGACCAGUUGUUAUCGCAUCUUGGUGAUAUAUACACUGCAUAAUUCAUAUUUAUUACACAUAUCUUAUAAUUACACUUCUUAAAAUUAAUGCCACUUUUUACCUAGAAGAAUAUAAAUAGGCUGAUUCAAGGUCAUUUGACUUUGACCUCUAUUCUUUACUGUUACCCUUUUGUGAUUCACUGUUUCAUUUCCUACGCAUUUGUACCCGCGUGUAUAUAUGGUGUGUAUACAUGCUCACUUCAGUACUCAUGAAUCUUCCCUAAGAACCCAUAAAUUUUGCCCCAUUAUUUUUAAUUUGAGUACCUGAAUAAGAUAUUUCGGAGAAAUAUAGGGAUUCUCACAAUUCCCUAAAUUCUUAUACUACGUUUCCCGUGAUUGGGGGCAGAGUUUGUUAUCUGGUUACCGCGCUGCAUUUAAAGACAGUCAUCUUGGUUUAUUUAUUUGUUUAUAGCUAGAUUCCACACUAUAGUUUUAGUAUUAGUAUGGAAUUUUCAGCAUGCGAUAUUAGUAGCCCAAAUUUUCUGGCCAACCAUUGAUAUUAGGUGUGCGUAAGCAGGGGAUCGAACCCCCGACCAUGUGUAUAGUCGGCGAGAGUCCUAACCGCUGUGCUACCGACGCUUAGUAAGAAAACAACGCUAAGCCUCAUUGUAGAAAGGAUAAUGCGAACCAUUUAACACACUGUUGACUUAAAGGAAGAAGUCUCAGUUGAUUCUUAUUUCAAACGUUAAUUUUAUUAUUUUUUCACCUAAAUUGUACGAUACACGAUUAGGCUUCUAAGGCGACUAAAGACUAGUGCGAUUAAAGAUUGAAUUCUUUCAACCAGCUUUUUCUUCAGGUCCACUGAGGACAAAGACUGAAGUAAGUGCAACAAUUGUCUGCAGUGGACCAUAAAUCUUUCAAGUAGUGUGCCACAAAGUUCCUGCAGUUCGCCUAAAGUCAUUACUCGCUGGGCUCCUCAAAAACCCCAUAACGUCAAAUGACCUGGUGCUAAGAGACUUAGCAAAAAAAACUGUAUCUUUGUAGACAUGUAUGGGCGAUUCUGUGGGACCUUCGAUGUAACGUGAGUUUUUUGGCUGCAAUUAUGUGCAGUAACUGGUUUUCAUCAGCCUACAGCGAACUGAGAUUGACUACCUCACGAACAAUUGUUGUUUGCAAAUAACGUUAGGAGAGCACGUGCAUCAUGCAUUAUUUAUGUACGAAAAGCAAUGAUUAGCUUUUGCUGUCAAAUCUUUUGAAAAAUUCAAAAAUGGGUAUACCUGGAACCUAAAGAUCCAUUUUCAGGAGAACUCUGUCUGGGAAUGCAAGCAAAGCAGAAUACAAGAAACAUGAUAAAAAUUUUCUACAACUAUAUACAUGCAGAAUACAAGGCGAAAGGCAUUUUUACAAGUUAUCGUGGGUUUUAAUUUCUUGUAGACCUUUAAUUCAAAUCAUAUCCUUCUGCUAUAUAACCUAAAUAGACUGUAAAAUUAUACAGCUUAGAGUCACGCCAUACUCAAGGCUCGAUGGUAUGAUUGUAAGCCAUUUUAAAUAGUUUCUGUAUACGUACUGGAUAACUCGUGCUAAAUCGUUCGGUAGGACUAUCGAUAUGCACUGCGUUAUUAAUAUCAUGUUUUAACCAGCCAUACUAGGUGAAAUUUAAUAUUUCCAUACUGUGCGUGAAUAUGUUCAGGCUAUAUUACCAGUAUUGCAAAUGAUCCCCUAAGGAUAGAGGCCACCUGUGUAGUUGUGCCAUGCGAUGAAACUGUAUGUCGUCCCGGUUUACCAAACGACCAAAAGAAGUGUUCUCUUCUAAAAACCUAUGUAAAAUUAAGCAGUCAGUCGGUAUGUAAUUCUGUGAAUAAACUGCUUGAUAUUACUGUAGGUCAUAUGUCUCUUACAAACUGUCCAUGCACACCUUGAUACGGUGAGACUGCAAAUGACUAAUUAAAUGACUCUUCUCCUUAGAUAAAAGCUAUGUGGACAAUAAAAAACUUAUACUAGUUCUCGUAACAUUCCCUGACCCACAAAAGAACGAAUGGAGUUGUUUAAAACAAGCAAUAUACGACGUUAAAGUCACACUUAUGUCUCAUGGUUGCCGUGAUCUUUGGCAAUUAAAACCGAAAAGGUUGUACGAGAUGCGCCUUUUGAACAUCUGGUUAAGUGCUAAUUCGUUUUUUUUGUUGACUCUGUGUACCAGUAUGCGUGUUUCCAACCUUAAGAAAGUGACACUGAAGUAAAGCAUCAUGCAAUUAGAUAACGGUUAGUGUAGAUUAUCGAUUGUUAAGUAACUUUCGUAUAAUAAUCAUGGCUCAGGCAGUUGAAUUUUGUAUUCACACACUACCUUCCGAAGUUUUAAUAGUGUUUUGUCAUUUUUCAAGGUUCAAAUAUGCUUUUACGACUGCAUAAAUUUAGACUGACGUAUAUGUGCGUUGAAUUUGAUUUUCCAGAUCUAAUGAGUGCAUAUGGAUCUAUCAUUGAGGGAAUCGGAAAUGAAAUACUUUUUGUCUUCAGUUGUAUGGGAACAGUUGUAUUUCUUGUUGUGGCAUGGAUGUCCACCAGAGUCAACUGGGAACUAGUACCAAUUAGAAUAACCUUAUCACGUCAACAAAAUGAGAACCAAGGCACUGAAGCAGAGGCUACUAAUGUCACAGAACCGAAUACUGCAGAUGCAGCAAACACCAUAUAUGCAGAAACUUCAUCUUCGAGCUCUGAAGAUGAAGUCGAUAUGGAAUCUAGUGUUCGCAAACGUUCACACGCUGUUCGAAACAACUCUUCGUCAGAUGAUGAAUCCAAAGACAACAAAACAGAAGAAGAGCCAAAGACCACACCUCGUUCCAAAGGCCACUUUGUAGUAAAGUUACAAUACCUUAAUGAUGAGACGCGAUUUGUUCAUGUAUCUCCAACAAUGUCUGUUAGUCGUUUCAGAAAGAAACACUUUGUUGAUGAAUUAGUCAAUCAAAACAAGAAUGUAAGACUCAUUUUUCAAGGCCGUGAACUGUUAGAUGUAGUACCAGACGAAUCAAGAUUCAACAAUGUGAGAUACAAACGUCGACGAUUAUGUGAUUAUGGUAUAACUGAAGGCUCAACAAUUCAUUGUUUGAUCACAGCUUCAGUUUCGUCAUCGAAUGUCAACAGGCCAGUAAAUGAUACAGAGAAUUCAGGACGUAAUACGGGUUUUCCAGGUGCAUCUAGUGAUUCAAUGCUAACUGAAUUUGAUAUGGGUACUCGACUUAUGAAGCCAUUAUUUGCCUUUCUUUUACUUUUCACAUGGUUUUUUAGAAUUGCUUACAGACAAUAUUUUAAUUCUGUCUCCACAUUCGCUUUAGUGGCGUUGACAGUCUUUUUUUGUGGUGCUGUAUUUACUGUUAGUCUGGUUAAUGCUGCCUCAACAUUUGCUUCACUAUUUGGUAUUUCACUUACAGACAAUAAUGCGUCAAAUUGGCAGUCAGAUAAUGAUGAUGCUAACAAUGCUAAUCAUCCUUCGCAUCAGAAUGAUGUUCAAGUUGUAACUGUCACUAUGAUAGCACGACGUAUUCCAUCAGAAGCAUCUGCUAAUCAGGUGAAUAAUUCAGCUUUGUCUUUUAAUGAAACACCUAAUGAUAGGGAUAAUAAUCCAGUUGUUAUAAAUGAGGCAACAAGUGAAUUUCAGACAAGACCAGACUAA